CGAAGGGAAGGCAGCCGCCGGCUCAAGCUCCAUGGAGCAACAACCAAGCUCUAGCAGAAAAGGGAAAAGAAAGGCACAAGAAAGAGAUCUAAAGAGCUAUUUUAGUCCAUUCGGAUCCAGUAGCACAAACCCAAGCACUCAUGGAAGUGAAGUUGGUAAUGCUAUAAUAGAGGAGGAAGAGGUGGUGGAAACUCAUUUGGAGGACACCAAUACCAUAGGCCAACAGCCAGGUAGCAAUGAAAAUGAUCAAGGAGGGCUUUCAUGGAACGAGGUCCAACUCAACCUAGUAGUCAUGUUUUUCCUAGAGGAGAAGAUAAAAGGCGCUUUCGAAAAGAAUGGUUUGAGAAAUAUAAUUGGCUGGAAUAUAGCUUGGUGAAUGGUAAGGCUUA